CUACCGCAGUCACAGGUUCUCCAGCUGGCGCCGUCCGUGGAACAUCAGUCAUCAGCCAUGCUUAGCAUCCUCAGGAGGUAUUCCUGGCACAAAUUUGCCAUCGUCACCAGCCAGAUAGGAGGCCAUGAUGAUUUUGUACGUGCCGUUCGAGACCAAGUGCUGGCCAUCACAGAUUUUAAGUUCACCAUUAUGGAUAUUUAUACCUUGAAGGCUCGUUACGCAGAUGAAGCUCGUGCUGAAAUGGAAGAACUGGCCACUAGCGAAGCUAGGGUCUUUCUGUUAUACUGCAACCGCCAAGAAGCUAUGUACAUCAUGCGAGCUGCUAACGAACUGGAUUUGACUGGAAAAAAUUAUGUUUGGAUCGUUACACAGUCAGUCGUCGGAGCUGCCUUUGGCAACACACCUCCCCCGUCCGAUUUUCCGCCCGGACUCCUAGGUAUCCAUUUCAACACAACAAAAACUCGACUCAUGGAAGAAAUAGAAAGAUCGGUAAAGAUAUUUAUUCGUGGUUUGGAACUUUUCCUGAAUGAUCCUCAGAACGAUAACAUUACCCUCGCUCCUCAACUGAACUGCAGCAGCAACAGUGAGAUCAAAUGGAAUAGAGGAGAACAUUUUUUCAAGUAUUUGCGAAUGGUAAGCAUUAAGGAGAAAGGCGGGAGGGCUGAUCUGGAAUUUAAUCCCGAUGGAACGCUAAAAUUUGUGGAACUUGAAGUUAUGAACCUCAACAAUAUGGGAUUCUGGGAAAAGAUUGGUGUGUGGACUGAAGAUGGAUUGGAUAUAAAGGAUAUCGUCUGGCCAGGAGAUUCUCCAGUACCCCCUCCUGGAGUCCCUGAGAAGUUUAACAUGAAGAUCACAUUUAUGGAAGAACCUCCUUACGUUAAUCUUGUGCCACCUGAUAACGAGACUGGGGAGUGCGAGACCAGCAGAGCCGUCCGUUGUAGAGUAGCUCCCAGGUCUGCCAUUGAAGGGGCUAAUUUAUCCAUUGCCAUGCGUAAUUCGAAUUAUUAUAUGUGCUGCUCCGGUUUUUGCAUCGAUCUGCUCCAGAAGUUCGCCAACGAUUUGAGAUUUAGCUACGACCUCUAUAGAGUUGAAGACGGCGUUUGGGGUGUUUUUGAAAAUAAUACGUGGAACGGACUUGUCAAAGAAAUCCUGGACGGCAACGCCGACAUGGUGGUCACCUCCAUUAAAAUCAAUUCCGAGAGGCAAAAGGCGGUCGAUUUCACAGUGCCCUUCAUGGAGACAGGAAUCGCCAUCGUUGUCGCCAAGAAGACGGGAAUUAUUUCCCCCAAAGCCUUUUUAGAACCAUUUGAUACGACGUCUUGGUUGAUGAUUCUGCUAAUCAGCAUCCAAGUGGCAGCCUUAGCAAUUUUCUUCUUUGAGUGGCUAAGCCCUUCUGGCUAUGACAUGAAAAUGUUACCCCCCAGAGAGCACCGUUUCUCGCUGUUCCGCACGUACUGGCUUGUAUGGGCCAUCCUCUUCGGGGCAGCGGUAAACGUGGACUGCCCGAGGGGUUAUACAGCCCGCUUCAUGUCCAACGUGUGGGCCAUGUUCGCCGUCGUCUUCCUUGCCAUCUACACCGCCAAUCUGGCAGCCUUCAUGAUCACAAGGGAGGAGUUCUACGACCUCAGAGGUAUCGAAGACGAGCGGCUUUACAAUCCUCGGAAGACGACACCACCUUUCCGAUAUGGAACAAUACCGCACGGGAACACAGAAGCUGUGCUACGUGUCAACAAGCCCGAGCUUUACCGGUAUAUGAAGGCAUUCAAGAAGAAAACCGUCCUAGAAGGUAUCAAAGCAGUGAAAAAAGCGGAGUUGGAUGCUUUUGUUUACGAUGCAACUGUUCUUGAAUACCUAGUAGGCCAGGACAACGAAUGUCGUUUGCUAACCGUCGGAUCGUGGUACGCUAUGACCGGAUAUGGAUUUGCUCUGCCAAAGAAAUCCAAGUACCUCAAUAUGUUCAACAGGAAAAUGAUCGAAUACAGAGAAAACG